AUGUUCUUCUCUUUUGUGGCCGUGAGCUCGCUCUUGAGCGUUGUUUCUGCUGCUGUUCUAUGGGAUGGAAGGUUCAGUUCGAGUUCCUUGGCCACGAUUGGAAGCUGGAGUUGGUCAAAUCAACAAGGACCGUACCAGUAUUAUAUCCAUGGAUCUGGAGCCAUCUCGAAAUAUCUUUCGACUUCGGCAUCAUACAAGAAUCCUGCGGCCAAGGACGAUGUGGGGUUGAAACUCACAAUCGACAGCACGGCGAAAUGGAACAGCGACAUGCUGAGGACGGAAUUGAUCCCUCAAACAACAGCCGCAAUUAACAAAGGCUUGGUUUACUACCAUUUCAGCAUUAUGCACUCUUCGACAAAUCCUCCAAGUGCAAAUGAGGAGCACCAAGUAUGCUUCUUCGAAUCUCACUUCACCGAGCUGAAAUUCGGCUGGAUCAACGGCAAUGCUGCUAGCACACCAGACCCCGCUCUGAGGUGGGAAGUAGGAGGGCAAUCCAAAUGGAACACGAACUUCACUGCUGAUGUCUGGCAUAAUGUUGCAUACGAAAUUGACUUUAGUGGUGGAAAGGUAUCUUUCUAUCACUCGACAGGAGCCGAUCCUUUGACAUUGACUGCGGGACCAGUCACAGCGAGUGCUUCUUCUAACGGAGAAGAUUGGCAUCUUGGUGUCUUGAGGCUGCCUCGUUCUGGAUAUACCGACAAUACACCAGAGGAUUGGUAUUUCAGUGGAGUGUACAUCGAGAGUGGAACUCUGACGACCUCUGUUGCUGGAGCAUGA